CCCUCUUCCCCUGCAUCGGCAGGCGGACUCUCAACCACUGCGCCACCAGGGAAGCCCAGAUUUACUUUUAAAAAGUAAUUUCUGCCCCGUCUGUAGUCCCAUCUAUUUAAGAAGGUAAGUGAAGAUUCCAUUAAAUAUGGAUGAGAUUUGCUUUGUUCCUCCUCAGUCGUCAAAGCGCGGUGGCCAGUGAAGUUGAAUGAAGCAUGUGGAGAGCCUCAGCUCCCAUAUGUCCAUUCACAGAGCUACCUUUGGCGACUCCUGGGCCUAGCUUCGAGUUGCCUAAGCAACGAUGUCGCCUGCUCCUCCCCAUGUAUCCUUUUUUGGUUUUAGCUCCUCCUUCCCCGAGUUGCCUGUUGGGCUGGGAUAGCGUGGAGAAAGUGCGGCUGCGAAUACUAAGCGACUGAAUCGAGCCCUUGUCGGGGCGUGGCUUGAGUUCGUGCUAGUUCGCUACUGGCUCCGUGAUCUACCUGGUCCAUCGCCCGGUAUUUUGGUUGGCAGAUUGGUCCCUUGCUUUUGGCAUUUCUUCCUUCGUUCAGUUUUUUAAAAAACUUAAAUCAGGGCUAUAAUAUUCCUUAUGGGCUCCUAUUUCAAUUUUUAAAUUUAAAUUGUAUUUUAUACAACGCUAUCCAAAUACAGAGGGUUAUUGAUGAAGCUGCAGUCUGCAAAUGGAAGGCUAGAGACUAACCAGCAAGUGGGGACUGGCUUCGUCUGCAGGCAGAUGGUCCCUCUGUCCGCAUCCAUCACCUGUACUCAUAUAUUCAACACAGCUUCUGUCGCCUUCCCUUUCAAGUUCUCCAUCUCUUUACUUCUCUCCUUACCAGUUGGCCUAGCCCCACCAAACAGAUAUUUUUAUUUCUAUCAACUCCAUUCCCUUCUCCGUGCCUGAGCUCGUGACGAAUGUCUGAGAGCCUAAACAUUAGUUAUCUAGAUUAAAGCGGGGAGGCGCGGUGGGGGCGGCUCAGGUUCGCGCUUGCGCGCUGCUCUGGGAGACGGCGUCCACCUCGCCCCGCCCCUCAUAUUCUGCAGUUCCGGCUCUGCAGAUUCACUGCUCACGUUUCUUUUUCCUGUGGCUCUUUCUGCCUUUUGUUUGCCCCCUUUAACAAAGCACGAGACAACUCUACCUGCAAAUAACUUAAAUUGAUUUUCUGCUUUUCUGGGUACUCGGCGGGCUCACCGGCCCUUAACGAAAGUGCGGCUGCGAACGAGCAGGCGCGCACGGGGCUCGGGGGAGGCGCGCUCGAGCUCCCGGCGGCGACGACUACGACGACCAGGAGAGCGGACGGAGGCGGCGCCUGAAGCAGUGGCUGAGCCCAUGCCCCGGGACGGCGGGAGGGCCCGGAGAGACAAGUCCGGGGCCCGGGGCAUGUCCCCAGGGCCCCCGUGAGGAGGUGGCGGCGGCGAUGGAGGUCCCGCCGCAGGAGGCGCCGCCCGAGCCGGGCGCGGACGGCGAAGCCGAGGAGGCCCCCGCCGAGGCCCCGUCUCCCAGCCCCGCAUCGCCCCCGGCCGACGGGCGCCUCAAGGCUGCGGCCAAGCGCGUUACAUUCCCGUCCGACGAAGAUAUCGUGUCCGGAGCUGUGGAACCCAAAGACCCGUGGAGACACGCCCAGAACGUGACCGUGGAUGAGGUCCUUGGUGCCUACAAGCAGGCCUGCCAGAAGCUAAGCUGCAGGCAGAUCCCCAAGCUCCUCAGGCAGCUCCAGGAGUUCACGGACCUCGGGCACCGUAUCGACUGUCUGGACCUGAAAGGUGUGUGUCUGGACGGGGCCGGGGGGCCCUUGGGUAGCGGGCAGGGAGGUGUGGGCGCCCUUCCUGAGGUGAGGCAGGUGCUGCGAGCCGUGGGGAGGGGCAAAGGACUUUUCCUCCCCCGCUUGGCCCGGAGCCCGUGUCUCCACCCAGCCCCUCAACCCAAGUGUACACGCACAAGGGGACUCUUGAUGUGCACGCACACGGCGCUCCAUAUCGUCCCAGGUGAGAAGCUCGACUACAAGACCUGUGAGGCCCUGGAAGAGGUCUUCAAGAGGCUGCAGUUCAAGGUCGUGGAUCUGGAGCAGACGAACCUGGACGAAGAUGGUGCCUCAGCCCUCUUCGACAUGAUCGAGUACUAUGAGUCGGCCACCCACCUCAACAUCUCCUUCAACAAGCACAUCGGCACCCGGGGCUGGCAGGCCGCCGCCCACAUGAUGCGCAAGACAAGCUGCCUGCAGUACCUGGACGCCCGCAACACGCCCCUGCUGGACCACGCGGCGCCCUUCGUGGCGCGUGCCCUGCGCAUCCGCAGCAGCCUGGCGGUGCUACACCUGGAGAAUGCCAGCCUUUCAGGGCGGCCCCUCAUGCUGCUCGCCACGGCCCUGAAGAUGAACAUGACUCUGCGGGAGCUGUACCUGGCCGACAACAAGCUCAAUGGCCUGCAGGACUCGGCCCAGCUGGGCAACCUGCUUAAGUUCAACUGCUCCCUGCAGAUCCUGGACCUCCGUAACAACCACGUACUGGACUCAGGUCUGGCCUACAUCUGCGAGGGCCUCAAGGAGCAGAGGAAGGGGCUGGCGACCCUGGUGCUGUGGAACAACCAGCUCACGCACACGGGCAUGGCCUUUCUGGGCAUGACGCUGCCGCACACACACAGCCUGGAGACGCUGAACCUGGGCCACAACCCCAUUGGGAAUGAGGGCGUGCGCAACCUCAAGAACGGCCUCAUCGGCAACCGCAGCGUGCUGCGCCUCGGCCUGGCCUCCACCAAGCUCACGUGCGAGGGCGCGGUGGCGGUGGCGGAGUUCAUCGCCGAGAGCCCCCGCCUCCUGAGACUGGACCUUCGGGAGAACGAGAUCAAGACGGGCGGGCUCAUGGCGCUGUCGUUGGCCCUCAAGGUGAACCACUCUCUCCUGCGCCUGGACCUUGACCGCGAACCCAAGAAGGAGGCGGUGAAGAGCUUCAUCGAGACGCAGAAGGCGCUGCUCGCUGAGAUCCAGAACGGCUGCAGGCGCAACUUCGCGCUGGCGCGGGAGGAGCAGGGGCAGUGCCUGCAGCCGUCGGCCUCCAUGGCCGAGAUCGCCGUCUCCGAGCCCCAGCCAGACACCGGCGCGCCCGCGGAGGAGCCUGCCACCGAGGCGCAGGAGAACGGGGGCCCCGGCCCCGGCGCCGGGCCGGACUCGGACUCAGACUCAGACUCCGAGGGGGAGGAUGGGGAGGAGGAGGAUGGGGACAGGGCUGAGGCCCCCUGCCCCGCCCUGGUGCCCCCCACGGACUCCCUGGGCCCUGGGGACAGGAGCCCCCCAGGCUGCCCCUCCUCCCCCACCGAGCAGCGCAUUUCCGUGUCCAGCCCGGGCCGGGGCCACAAAGUGUUUGUGGUGACCCGGGUGGAGAGUCCACCCGAGAGGGCAGAGCCUCCUGUGCCACCCACCUCUCCUUCCCCACCUGCCCCUCCUCGUCCUCCAUCCCCACCUGCCGUAUCCUUCCUGCCCACCUCACCUGCCUGGACGCCAGCUGAGGCCGUCAGCACUCGGGACCCAGGGUCGGCUCAGCCUCAGCCUCAGCCCGAGCCGCCCCAGUCAGGGCCACCGCUGCCCAACGGCCUGAAGCCCGAGUUCGCUCUCGCACUGCUCCCAGAGCCGCCCCCAGGGCCCGAGGCCAAGGUGGGCACCUGCGGCCUGGAACACGAGCUGAGCUGCUCCAAGAACGAGAAGGAGCUCGAGGACCUGCUUCUGGAGGCCAGUCAGGAAUCUGGGCAGGAGACACUGUGACACCUGAGCACAAACGCCGGAAUCUUCUACCGCAGCUGCCUGGGUGUCUGGGAUGAACACCUUUCCUGUUUAGGCCACUUUCUGUUUGCUCUUCAGUCACCGACAGCUCCGGUGUCCUGACCGCUCCUUAAGGCAGCCACAUUUGGGGCUCCCUCUCAUCUGGGCGAGGGGCUGGGGGAAGCCACCCACGUCAGCCAGUGGCACCCGCCCCGCUGGCAGCCAGGGAGACACCCGCACAGUGUCAUCCUCCGGCUGGCGCAGCUGUGCCCGGGUGUGAGGUGGGUGUGGAAUGAGCCCCUCCAGGGUGCCCUGCCUCCUGCCCAAGUCUUCUUGGGGAGACUGGGGAGUGCGAGGUUUGCUUCAAGAUGCUGAGAAACCGCAGUCCUUUGCCAGGUUGGGGUCUGUCAGUACAGUCCCCUAAGAAUCUCAGUAGGCCUUUGGUCGCAUCUAGCCAUUGCUCAGGAAUCGACCCAGGUGGGGGCUUUUGGCCCUGACAGCGGUGUUGGUUGCUCGCCCAUCCCCUUUGCUCUCUGCCUCCACCUGCAGGCCAGGUGAUCGACAGAUGGCUGAAGGGAGGGGCGGGGAGGGUGCCUCCCCGUCCUGUGGUGCCUGGGAGGGCCUGGCGUCCUGUUCCCAGCCUUGUCCCCACCCUUCACUUUAGCUUGUGGUGAGGAAUUCGGCCUUUUCCACUGUUCGUUCAGGGUUGAAUUGCGCCCACCUCCCCACCCACCAAAGAUAUGUGAAGUCCUAAUCCUCAGUACUGCAGGAUGGGACUUUUCUUUGGAAAUAGUGUCUUUAUCGAGGUAAUCAAGUUAAAAAUGAGGUUAUAGAGUACCCCAAUCCAAUAUGAAAAGGGGAAAUUUGGAGACAGUGACAGAACAGAUAUGCUCAAAGGAAAGAUGUGAGAACACAGAAGACCUUGGGAGGAUGGAGGGCUUAUGAUGCAACCCCAAGCCAAGGACACCAAAGACGCCAGCAAAGCACCGGAAGCUGGAAGAGGCAAGAAAGGGUUCCCUUCUAGGUUUCCGCGGGCGUGUGGCCCUGACCGCUCCUUGAUUUUGGACUUCUGACUUCCAGAGCUGUGAGAAAAUAAAUUUCUGUUGUUCCAAGCUGC